AUGAAGUCUCUCAAAUUCGUAACUGGAAACCCUAACAAGGUCCUUGAGGUCAAUGCAAUUCUAGGUGGACUGAUACCCGUUGAGCCCGUGGCAUUGGAUCUCCCCGAGAUCCAGGGGUCAUUAGAAGAGAUCGCGAGCGAUAAGUGUCGGCGAGCCGCUAAGAUUAUAAAUGGACCAGUCAUCGUGGAAGAUUCGGCUUUGGAGUUUCAUGCCAUGAAUCGCCUUCCAGGGCCUUAUAUUAAAUACUUUUUAGAGUCCCUAGGAAAUGAUGGUUUAAAUAAACUUCUGCAUUCUCAUGAAGACAAGAACGCGGACGCUGUCUGCACGUUUGCCUUUUCAGCUGGCUCCGGCACAGAGCCCUUGAUUUUCCAAGGAAGACUCGAGGGGAGAAUCGUUCCCGCUAGAGGUCCACCUGUUUUUGGAUGGGAGCCCAUCUUUGAACACAAAGGGGAAACUCUCGCGGAAAUGGCGCAUGAUAAAAAAAACAAGCUGUCUCAUCGAUAUCAAGCCUUGUUCAAAUUCCAGGAGUGGCUGGCCCGGGACAAGAACCGGUCACUGAUUUGCGAGUAG